AUCGAGUUCUUUUACAUUAAAUAAGUGUAUAAGUAAUAAUAAUUCAUAUAUUUACCAGAGGUGACCAUGCGGAGGUAUACAAUAGAUACUGUACAUAUAUUAUUUAUUGUGUAAUAUUGUCAUAAGGGUUUAGAUAUUUUUUUUACAAGUUUGUCCAUAAUGUCCCACAAUAUAUUUGGGCCCAGUUCUGGGUAUAUCUCGUCAUUUCUAAAAACAAAUCUUAGUAACGUUUCCAUUGCAAAUGAUUUGUUUUCGAGAAAAUCGCAUUAUUAUGUUGGAUUAUGGGCAACCUGUACAAAUUUACCAGGAUUACUGGUAUUAUUUUAGGUUUGGUCAUCCGGGGAAUUUUAGGAAUUAUUUUAGGCUAGGUUAGCUUUGAUAUCCAAACUGUUUUUUUCUGACGAGUUUUCAUACUUUAACUUUAACUUUUAUCCUCUUCGCGGCUAAUAUGGAGGACUUCACGGCCACUUCCCCCGUCUCAGUAAGAGACGUGCAGGCCUGGAGACCACAUGUAGGACGAGCCGUGUCUUUCUUAUUGCAAGAUGGAGUUUUGCUGUUCGGUAUAACACCAGAAGUACCGUAACAUCGUCAUCCACAAUAGUAACCUACACGUGAUGUCACUAUGCCUUAACCAAACUGGUGUUACAAAGUUCUCCUCAUUGAUAUGGACUUUUCUACCUUACUACAUGCUGCUGUCACCAGUGUUCACCGAUGAUACAAUUUCCAAGUGCUGUGAGUUGAACACUAAUGCCACCAAAGGAUUUUUAAAAGAGGUCUUCUGGCUCUUUUAUUUAAGGAGCCACGUCUUCUCAUCAGCCCCACUGUCUGUAAAGGACUUUUGUCUCAAAGUACUUAAAUGGGAGAAAGAGAAAUUCAAGAGCCAAUUCAAUGAAAGUGAGAGAAACAAGUUGGCAGAGAAUAUAUCAACAGCUGAUUGUGAUGUGUUAUUACUGCAUAAGCUCUUCUUUAAUAUAUUCCCUGAUCUUUGUAUAUCUGAAGCAGUUAUUGGCAUUAUGAAAAGCAUAAAAGGUCCCAAUGAAAACUUCUACUAGGAUGCCAUUGAUGGUGAGGCUCUCUCACACAAUUGAAGGGAUUGCGCGACCAAUAUUUCAUCCUUCUCAUUGAAAUUUGUGAACUUUUCAAGUAUAGACAAGGCUGAGCCACUAAGUGUUAAUGAGUUGUGUAUAGUGCAUAAAUUAUAUGACAGCCAUCCACGAGUUUGCACAAAAAAAUAAAAAAGACAAUUUUGUGAGUGAACAGAAGCAGAAAAGUAUAAGUUUUACAUAAGGAGGUCCUACAGGAGGAGAUCCUACAAGAGGAGGUCUUACAAUAGGAGGUCCUACAAGAGGAGGUCUUACAAGAGAAGAGCUUAGAGAAGGUCUGACAAAAGAAGACCUCACAAAUGGUCUCAGAAAAGAAGACCUCACAGAUCUCACAAGAGAAGAGCUCACAAGAAAAGACCUCACAGAUGGUCUCACAAGGAAAGACCUUACAAAAGGUCUCACAAGGGAAGACCUUACACUGUUAUUUAGAAGUUCGUAGUGCCCUUUUGAUGAACGAUGACCCAGAAGUUGUGUCUAAAUUUGUGGACAAUUUUACACCUGUAAGGAUGAUGGAAAGUGGUGAGGAUUUGAAACUGGAAAAUAUCUUAACUAGAGAAGUAAUGUACGAGGAAGGGAAGUUGAUUCCUCCAAGAGACCGAGUAUGUCCAGAAGUUCUGAUCAUCACUGGUGCUCCCGGUAUAGGGAAGACUUGUCUCUGUCGAUAUAUCAUGGCACAGUGGUCAAAUGGGUCUGAAAGAAUUGAGGAGCUUCUGAAAACAGAUCUACUCAUGUUACUGGAUAUGAAAAGCAUUAACUCAGGCACCCUCACUGAUUAUUUGCAUGGCCAUCUUUUGAAGAACACAUGUCGGAAUGUUGACCCCAAUUAUUUACUCCCUGUGCUUUGCGAGAUAAACACCGGCUUUAUCAUUGACAGUAUGGAUGAAGCAACUCACCAUGGCAGAAAGCUAAUUGAAGAAGUAUUUUCACAUCACAUUAAAUCAAACAGAAAUCGUAUAAUUAUUUCUGCACGUCCCGAGUGUACAGAAAAUGUAAUUGAGUUAACAAAAUCAUAUAAAUUAGAUUACAUAUUGGUCACAUUGGAAGGAUUUACAAAGGAUAAUUUUGGAUUGUAUGCCAAGAAAACUAUCGAUGGUCUUUUUGACUCUCGUACAGACAGUGACUUACAGUAUAAAGAGUUUAUGAAAUUUAUACAUGAAAACAGUGAUGCUUUACAAGAGAACAUAAAGAAUCCCCUCUCAGCAUCACUUCUCAUAAUUUUUUGGAAGGAAAGAGCAAAUAUUAUUGAUGUCAGUAGAACUAUCUCCAGACUUUCAGGUAAUACUAUAUCAUAUGAAACAUGUAAAAAGAAGGUCGUGCGUAUCAAAAACCGUUGAUGGCCUAAUACUACUGUACUGUACAGAUUUCUUUACCGUAAUUAAACAUUUGUUAUAAUUUUAUGAAAAUUUUCUGGGUUUGCUGUGGAUGAACCUAGCCUGUAUACUUCAUACAAAGAGUAAUAAUGAGGAACAUGUAAAUUACUCGACAUAAAAAUUAAGUGAUGCUGUAUAUUUAUAACUUAAUGUAUGGAUUAAUUCCCUGGGUCUCACUUGUUCAUCUGGGACCUAAAAAAGUCAAGUCAUUUUAAAAAUUAAGUCACCCAACACCUUUAUAUUGGAUUCACAAAGGAUGACCUUUAGUGUGAGGUUGUCCUUAAAAAUGGAGAUAUUGUAGUGUAAGAAUUGUGUUGCUGCGGUAUAAACAUUUCUUGCUUUUUUUUUCAUAAAAGAAUGGAGUCCCAACUUUAUAUUGUGUCAAAAUGUUUUGUUUAAGGAUAUUUUUGUUUAGAAUUUAUUCAGAAUCAUUAUGAUACAAAAUUAGAACAGAUGCUUUAUCAAAAUAAAAGUUUAUACACUUUUUUGUGAGCCUCAAAAAUACCUUCAUUUGACGGCUCAUAUCAUAUAGAUUUUUUUUUAUAAAUAUACUCUAUUUAUUUCAUCAAACUUUUAGAUGAACUAUUCAGGAUUAUUUUAGUAAAAAAAAAAUGGUGGAUCUAACUUAGUUCAAAUCGAUUUUUUAAACUCUGUCAUCAACAGUUCUUAUCAUAAAAGAACUGAGUCUCCAUCAUUAUAUUGUGCUGAAAUAUUUUGUUUUAAGGAAGUUUUAUUGGAACAGUCUUGUAGAGUUUAGUCUGGAUCAUUAUGGUAUCAAAUUAAUCUCUCCAACACUAUUGAAACAGAUGCUGUGAAUAAUAGUUUAUACACUUUUUCACUAGCCCUAAGAAUUUUCACUCGUGCCCACGGUCUAAUCGUAAUGGGAGAUUUUGUCCGUGAGAUGAUGAGAUGCAUAGUUUACAGUCAAGAGAAGAUGCGUAGUUUAAACUCUUACAGCUGGAGUUUUAAUCACCCUCUUCUGUUGACGGGGAUCGUUGUGUUUCAACCCCAGUUUUAAAAAAAUGAGUCGUGAAGGACACCGUAGUACAGUACUUGAAGGGGAGUGUGGCAGUAAAAUUAACAAAUUCAAAUAAAAUUAAUUUACAGUAUAUUAUUGAAAUUAGUUCAUUUUAAAGCCACACCUCCCGUCAAGCACUGUAGUGCGUGUCCUUCAUAGACUCAUUUUUUUUAAAAACUCUGAAAACUUUCCCCAGCACCCAGAAACAUUCCGGGGAGUUAGCCUCAAGAGCUUUGGCAACCAGGAGUUAGGUUAAGGUGUUCCUCUCCCAGACUUGGGGAACUUUUCGUAAGUCACCUUAGGUUAGGCCAAGAUAAGAGAAGUAGCUACAUGGGGGUCCCCGACUUUUGAACGAGGUUCAACUAAAUUUCAUUUUUACCUGAUGACUUAUUUUUUACUUUCAUUUACUAUAUUUUGUCAUUCUAUUUCUUCUUUUCUCUUAAAAUAAGUGAUUUUAGAUGUAUAUAAAGACUUAGGCUAUGACAGGGUGGAAUUUUAAACAUUGUUCUUUAAGUACGGUACAUUUUCGACUUAAGAACAUCCUCAGGAAUGGAGCCCAGCGACCCCCUGUAUUGUACUUCAGCUAGCAGUGGCUUGUUCAAAGGGUGCUUAAGAUUUUUCCUUUAUGUCUUACUUUUAACUAGUUAAGUUUUACCCUGCAGGGUUGUGGUCAGUUUCUGGUAUUUGAUGUUUAAUAAAGUGAACACAUGAAUGGGUACAGUACUUCAUGGGAGUCAGUUAUGAUGAGCUAGCAUCAUCUAAUUUUUAAAUUAAUAUAUUUUAUAUAUCUCAGUCCCUUAAGUCAGGUCCCUGAGACUUUUAACACCCUACUCUUGCUAACUGUGAAAUUAUCAAUUCAGACUUGGUUAUAAAAUGGGAUUUGAGGAUAAAGCCUCCAUAUUUGUAUACUGAGUAUAUAUUACAAUUUGAUGACUUUUAACGCUUCCAAUGCUACAGAUGUACAACCAGAAGCAGCAAUUACGGCUUCUGACUAUAUCUUGUAAAUUUGGAACCAGAGUCCUAUGAACUUAUGAUAUACGGUAAACCCUCCCAAUAUUGAACCAAUUCAUGCAAGCCCUGUUCCUUAUUGGGAGGACUUGGGAGGGUUUCCUUUACCAUCCCAUGUAUUCAUAAAAUAAUACAGUAUAUCAAAUGGUAGAACAUGUGUGUUAUCGGGGUCAUGUUCUGGGGAAAGAAAAUGUUCAUCAAGUAGUGGAUUUUUCACACAAGGUUCAUUACUAUGCACCAUUGAAAAGUUGUAAUAACAAAGAAUAAAUACAUUGAAAAUGA